GUCGGGCCAUCAUUUAUCGUGUACCCUAACGCCUUCGGCCAUUGCUCCAUCUCGCGCGAUGCCGAUUCUGGCCGCUGUCUCCGGUUCUCUCUUAUCGCCGGAGUCCCUCUCGGCCGCCGGGAGGGACGCCGACAAGAUCAGCCUCCCGUCGCUGCAGUCGAAGAUGAAGUGCGACCCCGAGGGGUACGAGGCGGAGCUGCUACUCCUCUACCGCCACUUCGAGUCCUCCCUCAAUCUUUUCCACCACCAGUCCGCCCUCAGCACCUCCUCGGACCCCGCCGUCGCCAAGGACCUUGCCGACUUGGUCCUGUUCCUCGCCCACGUCACCCCCUUUUACAUGGAUAGGCUCUCCGACUUCCCACGUAAGAUCGCGGACCUCCUCCGCACCAACGCACGAUCCCUUCCGGCGUCACUCAGGAGUCAUCUCGCCCAGGCCCUGAUCCUCCUUGUGAAUAGGAAGAUUGUUGACGUUGAAGAAAUUCUCGAGUUAUUUAUGGAACUUCAGAUUCUUGAUGAUCGAGUUUUAAGAAAAUUGGCCUUUUCACAUAUUGUGCACUACAUUCGGCGCAUGAAUCAGAAACAUAAAAAUGAAGCCAAUAACCGGAAUCUGCAGAACAUUCUAUUUUUGAUGCUGCAGGGUGAGGAGGAACUGAAGGCUAAAAGGUCCCUUGUCAUUCUUUGUGAUCUUCAUCGAAGAAGGGUUUGGUUUGACGACCGUACUGCUAAUGUCAUUUGCACUGCAUGUUUUCACACAUCUUCAAGGGUUAUGAUAUCUUCUCUUUCGUUUCUUCUUGGUUAUGAACGGGUUGAAGUGGACGAUGACAGUGAUGCUUCAAGCGGUGAAGAUGAUACUACUCAAGAACCAAUCAAUCUUAGCCGAGAAGCUAUUUAUAAGGCACAAAAUAAAGGCACGAGUGCUAGCAAGAAAAAAAAGAAGGCAAAGCUGCAGCGUGUAAUCCGCAACAUGAAGAGACACCAACGACUAGCAUCACAGAAUAAUAGUUCCAGUUUCUAUUCACCUCUUUCACAUUUAAAGGAUGCACAGGGUUUUGCUGAGAAAUUGUUCUCCCGUCUUCAGAAAUGCAAUGAACGCUUUGAGGUUAGGAUGAUGAUGUUGAAAGUAAUUGCCAGGACUGUUGGAAUGCAUCGUUUGAUUUUGUUGAAUUUUUAUCCUUUUCUCCAAAAAUAUGUUCAGCCUCAUCAACGUGAUGUCACAGAGUUGCUUGCUGCUGCAGUCCAGGCCUGCCACGAUAUGGUACCUCCUGAUGCAGUUGAGCCAUUAUUCAAACAAAUUGUUAAUCAGUUUGUUCAUGAUCGAUCUCGCACUGAGGCCAUCGCUGUUGGACUGAAUGUUGUCAGAGAGAUAUGUAUCAGAAUGCCUCUGUUAAUGAAUGAAGAUCUCCUUCAAGAUUUGGUCUUGUACAAAAAAUCUCAUGAGAAGGCCGUUUCCGCAGCAGCUCGUUCCUUGAUGACUUUAUUUAGAGAGAUAUGCCCUUCAUUAUUGGUCAAAAAGGACCGUGGUCGGCCAGUGAAUCCCAAAGCUAGGCCUAAAGCUUAUGGAGAAGUUAGUGUGCCUUCUGAUGUGCCUGACAUCGAGCUGCUGCAACAUGAUGACAACUCAACGGCUUCUAGCUCUGAUGGGGAAGCUUCUGCAUCAGAUGUGGAGGAGGAUGGUAGCAACAAAGAGCCAGAGGGCGAGAAUGUUUCUUCAGAAGAUGGAGAAGAAGAUGAUGAUUUUUCAGAUGAAGGAAAUGAAGACGAGGAUGAGGAAGAAAUUGAUGAGCCAGAAGAUGAUGAUAGCAUUGGUGUGGAUGAAAAUGAUAGUGAUGAUUCUGAUAAUGAUGAUGAAGCAACCCAGUACGACUAUGAUAGUGAUGCCAGAGAUAUGGAAGAAACUGACAUGAAUGUGGAUUCCUCCAAGUCUUCAGUGGAGAAGAUGGCUAAUAAGAACUCUGAUGAAGAUGAUGACAACAUUGAUGCUCAAAGUAAUUCAGAUGAUGAUAAUGAUGAAAACAAGGACGAGAUCAACACCAAAUCAAAGAAGAGGAAGUUUGUGGAUUAUAUUGGGCAACUUAAUGCUUCAGAAUCAAGUCUUCGUGCCCUUAAAAAGCUAGCUAUGGUCAAGACAGCACAGAAAGCAUCUGAUGAGACUGAUGGAAUUCUUUCUAAUGAAGAUUUUCAGCGCAUAAAAGAAUUGAAGGCAAAGAAAGAAGCAAAACUGGCUAUGGCUCAGCAUGGAAUUUUACGACACAGUUCAGACUCCAAAGGCUCUUCUUUUAAAAUCCCUUCUUCUGAGAAACUGAGUAUGAAACCUGUGGAUCCUGCUAUGCUUGAAGCCCACAUUAGGCGAAAGCUUACCAAGGAGGAGAGAUUGGCAAUAGUAAAGGCUGGGAGAGAGGAUAGAGGGAAGUACCAAGCCAGAGCUGCAGUGAAACAGAAAAAGACUGGUGGCAUGAGCAAUCGGCAAAAGGAGCACAAAAAGAAGAUGCCUCUUGCUGCGAAACGAGCAAAGGUGGCUCGAUCCAGGCAGGAAAAGAAGAAGCAAGACAGGAGAACAGGGAAGCAGUUCCGUGGAAGGAAAGCCUGGAAGUGAAAACUGUCAGAUGCUUCUCACCCCCAUUUGCAAUCAAAGGAAAAUAAUUUAUAACCGCGGGAAUUCCUUCGUCUAAAAAGUUCCUUUCUUCUGCCGCCUUCCACUUUAUUAGGUGAUGGUUCUUUAAGAUGAGCUGAGUAAAUUUUGAGUUGAUUCAAGUAAGAUUCAGUUACCAUAUUUAGUCCAUGUAUUUAUAGUUUUAGUCAGGCUGGGCCAGUCACUCUUUGGAGGUUGGUAGUCGAUUUUCGUACGAUCGGACCAGUCACUCUUAGAAUAAUUUUCAUAAUUUUUAUGGGAUUGAAUUGGUCAUCCCAUCCUUAAAAUUAA